AUGCCCUCCCGCGCCGACAUCACAUACUUCGGUGCUGGCCCUGCGCUGCUGCCCACCGAUGUCCUUGAGACGGCCGCCCAGGCUCUGGUGAACUACAAUGACACGGGUCUCGGCAUCGCCGAGCACUCCCACCGCAGCGAGAUCGCAAACAAGAUCAUUGAGGAGGCCAAGGCCGACCUGGCCAGCUACCUCGACAUCCCCGCCGACUACGAGAUCCUUUUCAUGCAGGCCGGCGGCAGCGGCGAGUUUUCUGCAACAGUUUACAACCUUGUCGGUUCCUGGGUCGCCCGCCAGCGUGAUGCCAUCCUCCAGCGCCUUGGAGCGACCGACGAGACCGACGAAAAGGUCGUUGCGGAGCUGCGCAAGGUCGUUGACGAGAAGCUGAAGGUCGACUACCUCGUCACUGGCGGCUGGUCCCAGAAGGCGAGCGCCGAGGCCUCAAGGCUCUUGGGCCCGGAGUUCGUAAACGUUGUUGCGGAUUCCCGCAAGAUUAACGACGGCAAGUUUGGCAAGAUUCCCGACGAGAAGGACUGGAAGCUCAGCCAGGACGCGGCCAUGGUGUACUACUGCGACAAUGAGACGGUCGACGGCGUCGAGUUCCCCGGCUUCCCCGCCUCGCUGGCGCCCAAGGAGAACGGCGAGGGUCCCAUUGUGAUUGCCGACAUGUCCUCCAACAUCCUCUCUCGCAGAAUCCCCGUCAAGAACUACGGCGCCAUCUUCUUCGGUGCGCAGAAGAACCUCGGAUCGACCGGUAUCACCGUCGUCGUCAUCAAGAAGAGCCUGCUCGCACCUCAACCCUCGCCCGCGCUCAUGCGCAAGCUUGGUCUUCCCAUCAGCCCCAUCGUUCUCUCCUAUGAGACAAUUGCCAAGAACAACUCUCUGUACAACACCUUGAGCAUCUUUGACGUCUACAUUGCCGGACAGGUUCUCAAGAAGCUCCUCCGUACCUUCCCUGACAAGGUCGACGGCCAGCAGGCUGUUGCCAACAAGAAGGCGGCCCUCAUCUACUCUGCCCUCGACGCCCACCCCGAUGUUUACCGUGUCGUGCCCGACAAGUCCGUCCGCUCCCGCAUGAACAUCUGCUUCCGCGUCACCAAGGGCGGCGAUGUCGACGCCUCAGAGAAGGCUUUCCUCAAGGAAGCUACCGGUCUCGGCCUUACCGGCCUCAAGGGUCACCGCAGCGUUGGCGGUAUCCGUGCCAGCAACUACAACUCCAUCCCUCUCGAGGGCGCGGAGAAGCUUGCUGCUUUUAUCGAGUCUUUCGCCAAGGCUUGA